GUGCUGUUGGGAACACAGAGGAAGUGACUGGCUGGGGGUUCAGGGAAAGCUCCGUAGAAGAGGGAACACUUGAGCUGGGUCUUGAAGGAUGAGUAGAAGUUCACCAAGUGGGAAAGGACACUCUAGGAUGGCCGAGCCUCGAUUUAACAACCCCUACUUCUGGCCCCCUCCUCCCACCAUGCCCAGCCAGCUGGACAACCUGGUCCUGAUUAACAAGAUCAAGGAGCAGCUGAUGGCGGAGAAGCAUUUCAUUGUUUUCUCUAUAACUUAUUUUAUUUUAUCCUUUAAUCACAGACGUAAAAAAUGGAGGAAUUCACCAGGUCUAGGGCUCUCCUCCCGGACCCCGGCUGUGAGCACAUCAGAGUCCAGCGCGGGCACGGGCACCAGCACCCCGUCCACACCCACCACCACCAGCCAGAGCCGCCUCAUCGCCUCGUCCCCCACCCUCAUCUCAGGGAUCACCAGCCCCCCCCUCCUGGACUCCAUCAAGACAAUCCAGGGCCAUGGCCUGCUGGGCCCCCCCAAGUCCGAGCGAGGCCGCAAAAAGAUCAAGGCGGAGAACCCAGGGGGCCCGCCUGUCCUGGUAGUCCCCUACCCCAUCCUGGCCUCGGGCGAGACUGCCAAGGAGGGCAAGACAUACAGGUGUAAGGUAUGCCCGCUGACCUUCUUCACCAAGUCCGAGAUGCAGAUCCACUCCAAGUCGCACACAGAGGCCAAGCCCCACAAGUGCCCGCACUGCUCCAAGUCCUUUGCCAACGCCUCCUACCUGGCCCAGCACCUGCGCAUCCACCUGGGCGUCAAGCCCUACCACUGCUCCUACUGUGAUAAGUCCUUCCGACAGCUCUCCCACCUCCAGCAGCACACCAGAAUCCACACAGGCGACAGACCCUACAAGUGCCCGCAUCCUGGCUGCGAAAAGGCUUUCACUCAGCUCUCCAAUCUCCAGUCUCACCAGCGCCAGCACAACAAGGACAAGCCCUACAAGUGUCCCAACUGCUACCGGGCCUACUCGGACUCCGCCUCCCUGCAGAUCCACCUGUCCGCGCACGCCAUCAAGCACGCCAAGGCCUACUGCUGCAGCAUGUGCGGGCGGGCCUACACCUCCGAGACCUACCUGAUGAAGCACAUGUCCAAACACACGGUGGUGGAGCACCUGGUGAGCCAUCACUCGCCCCAGAGGACGGAGUCCCCCGGCAUCCCGGUGCGAAUUUCCCUCAUCUGAGCCGAUCCCAGGCGCCGCCCUGCCCACGGGCAGACACAGACCCGGGCAGCACCAGGCCCGACUCCCUCCAGGGCCCUCCAGGAACAGCCGAGCUCUCAAUGACCUUCCUGACCUUCCAGAAAGCCUGGGCACAGAAGCCCUGCCCGGCCCAGCUCCGGGGUGGCCAGGCCAACCGCAAGAUACUGGACUUUUGGUGGCAUCCAAAGACGAUCUCAGAGCACUUUGAACCUCUCUCUGUUGGGUUUUCUUUUUCCCUCCACCCUUCACUUGCUUCACUGUUGUUGUUUUUUUUAAGUUUGUUUUGGAAAUAACAAAAAAGAUAUUUAUUGGCCAAGAAGUUGGUGCUGCUAAGACCGAGAAAUUAAGAGUUGGACAGAUGGACACAGAGAACCAGAGGGCAGCGUGGGACCGCCUCUUGCCAUGGCCUUAGGUCUUGAGGGAAGGCUCAGGCCUGGGUUUCUGGACUGCAAAGGGGGGGGGGGGGCUGGUGGGAGGAGUAGGAGGCAGCUGGAGUGAGCCCCUCACCCUGGGUGCCCAGCGUGGACCUCGAGCUGCACCCUGAGCAUCACUGACCAGAGGGAGGCGGCAGCCACCAGAGCUGCCCAGACUUCAGGAGGCAAAACAAGCGGGGCCGGGGGAUCGGAAGGACCAAAGGCUACAGUGCUGGGCCGGGCUGGGUGCCAGCCCAGGGAAAUGGGGCGGGGUGGGCUGGGUAAGACCUGGACCCCCAAUGCCCUUAAGACCACCCCAGUCUACCUCGGUGCUGGCCAGGAAACCUAUUGGCUACCUCUCCCACCAUCCCAGACUGUGGGCAGGGGGAUGGGGAGGGAGUGGGUCUGGGGCUAGGACCCCCUCCAUCAUUUCCUCCAGAUGGGACGUUACCCAGGGAGGGUUACUUGUCUUCCCUGCCAUGGAGGGGGAAACCCCAGCCCAGGCCCUCAGCCCCUCGGUAGGGAAGGGGUCCUCCGAAAGGAGGGCCCCAGGAGCUGCCUCUGCCCUCAGCCCCCACAGACACACCCCGAUCUGAAAGCCAUGCGUGUCCGUGUAUAUAGGAACCAUGUACAGAGACCGGAGAAGCCCCACUCCAUCCCCCGGGAAAAAAAAAAAAAACUAGACAGAAACUCAUCUAUAUAUUCUGUAUCUGGAGUUCCGUUUUGAAUAUUAACUGUGUUAUUUUUAUACACUUUUUAAGCCUUAACUCACCAUUGAUUUACCAGUUUAACGUCUCCUGGGGUUUCUUUUCCCACAGGGUUCUCUGCCCCCGCCCGCCCCCACCCCUUUGUUUGACUUGCGUCUUCUGAUACUCAGUAUUGUAGCUUUUGUCCGCAUGUUACUACCCUGUAAAUACGCUGUUCUACAUACUGUUAACACCCUCUGCUUUUUCUAUGGGACCUCCAGGCCACCUUAUUUAGAACUAGUUACCUUAUUAAAAAAGAGAAAACAGUCUGUUGGCCUCUCAGUCUGCAUCUUGGUGGCAGGGAGGUGAGGGCAGGCGCCCCUAAACGCGUCAGGAAGGAGGUUUGCAUUACAUUUAAGAGAAGGGGUGGGGAGUAAAAAAAAAUCCAAUGUGGGGAAAAACACUAAAGGGGGCAAGACACAAAGGAAUUCUAAACCCUCUGCUCUUUGUAUUUCUCUGUUGUGAAGAAUAAACAUACCUGCACCCGG